ACAAAUGUCGGCACGCAGCUUGGCUUAAACUUACAUUGUUAUCCUAGUUCACAACAUCGUCCUGGGGUGGCCUUCGCCUUCGCCUUCGCCCACUUAUUCCAACUUGUCGACCGAACAAAACACAUUCACUACGUGACGUUGUUAAGACCGAAGUCCUCCCACAAAAAUAAAAUAAAAAGUAACAAGCAAGUGGCAGGAACUCCUCUGGUCCUCUGGUGAAACUCCAACUCUAUUAGCCAUCAAAAAUAUAAACUUGAAAAAGAGCCACGCCCAUUCAAUUGCAGACGAAAGAACGCCCCCCUAUAAAGACAAUAAUAUGAGAGCUGCAAGGAGUAUCGACCAACAGGCGUCGCCGGGAGACAGCAGACUGAUGCGGGGCGGCUGUGGAAAUGGAAGUGGAAAUGGUCACAGGUGGCUUUUAGUGUGGAUGAUGGUGCUGCUCCUGGUAGUCCCAUCGCAUUUGGUCGACGGCCGUUACCUGCCGACAAGGUCGCAUGGCGAUGACUUGGACAAGUUGCGUGAACUGAUGCUGCAGAUUUUGGAGUUGAGCAAUGAGGACCCACAGACCCAGCAACAGCAGCAACACCCACUGCGUCUGCACAAUGAGGCCACCGGCAACAGCAACGGCAACAGCAUCGGCAGCAGCAGCAACAUCAACAAUCCACGCGUGUCCAACAGCAACUCGAACGCCGCCUGGCUGCAGAAGCUCAGUGCCAUGGGUGCCCUGGACGAGUUGGGCGGCGAUGCCCCCCGAUACGGGCCCAACUAUGGACGCUAUUAGAGGCCACAUGGUACUUCCUCUGAGCCCGAACAACACCUGACAACGGCAACAACAUCGACACAACAGCCACCAAACGGAAUCUGAAUCCAAAAAGGGGUUACCGGGGAACAAGGGGGAGACCAUGUUGUGAAUAAAAUUUUUUUGGUUUAGGGGGGGUUUACGAGGGGAUAAAAGGGACAGUGCCGGAAUGGUCGCAGGAUUAAAAUCCUAAAUGGAAACGGAACCAAAGUGCGUGAAAAUGGACAAACAAAUGGAGCAAAGAAUUUCCCAGAAAAUCACUUUGAAGUACAUACUAGGGACGAGUUUGUGCCAUUUUGGAAUGGAGUUAAGGACUCUUACUAAAAUCACUUUUAAACUAGAAGGACCCUUGUCAACCCUUUUGCAUUUUCUUUCAGUAUUUGAAUAAUAUUGCUACAGACUCUUUCAUGAAUUCUAUGAUUCGAAAAUCUUUUUCAAGCCAUAGACUUGAUUGAAUUCUUUUCAAAAAACAAACAAACAACAUGGUAUCCCUUUGACCCCAAAGAUCCUUAAUCUGAGGUUUUAUAUGCAACUGAAAAAACUGAUAUAACGAAACGAAUAACUUGAAAACGAAAACUUAUAAAAAGGACAAAAUGCAGUUCCUAUGCUAGAACAAUAAUUUUAAACACUUUUUGGGUAAACCCGAACCGAAAUAAUGUACCUAUAUGUAUGUACCUAUGUGUUGUAGAGCAACCCCGUCCCUUUCUGUAAUCUCAAGAAGAAAAAACAAAAGUAAACCCUCGAAAAGUACUCCCUUUUAAUGGUCUAGGCUAAGUGCGGAUUUUCAACUUCUUUUUCAAGCGGCCAAGAAACAAGAGAUAAAAAUUAAAACAACCAUAAAAACAAGCAAAGUCAAUUGUAAAUAUUUUAAACCCAGAAAACCUUCCCACAUCCCCACGGCCUCUAUAGUCCCCCAGACCGCCCCUAGUCAAUGGUAUUAACUGGAGUUUUAAUGGGCCCCCAAGGUCGCGGACCGAGUCAUAUGAAGCUAUAUGGUAUAAUACAUAUUUAAAUGGAUUGUGUAUUUAUAAAUUAUACUACUCCCAACUAACCUCCACUAACCGAGAUGGCCUCCGCUGGAAGAUGGGCCCAAGUUUAAUGCGAUUUCGGUUGCGACUUUAUAGCCAGAAACGUGCAGAGGGAGAAAUAUAAUAAAUAUACAAAAAAAUAUAUAUUUAAUGUUUAUACACUAUUAUACUCGUAUUUACCACAAUAUACAAUUAAUACAUAUAUAUAUGUGUAUGUGAAUGUAAAUUAAAUUGUUGUUAACUUACGUUAUUGUUAUUACUUUUGAUUCGCCGAAGCAGAAGCAACAAUAAAAGAAAUCAUUUUCAAUGCAAGACCCAGA